CCCUCAUCGCACGAUCCUGACUAGGGACAACAACCCGCCAGGGUUAGGGGCCAUUUCUACCGCAUCCCACUUCCAUCCCUACUCAGCCGGCUGAUGUUCGUCAUCACCACCUUCAUCUCCCAACAUGCCCAUCGUCGUCUGAGAAAUCAACCAUGCACUACAUGCGCCUCCUCCGCCUGGCAUGCCUUCUGCCAUCAUCGUCUGCCCUCGCUGCGGCUGCUGGUGUUGAUGCCACUGACCAACACGCCGAACAGCGUGUGAAGCAGGUCGCCGUCAUUGGCGCCGGAGCGGGCGGCUCCUCGGCGGCCUACCACCUGCGCAAGUAUGCACAACAGGCUGGCAUCGAGGUCAAUAUCACCGUUUUUGAGAAGACGGCCCGUAUCGGCGGGCGCACUCUCACUGUAAAUGUGUAUGAUGACCCGGUCUUCCCGGUGGAGCUCGGCGCCUCCAUCUUCGUCGCUGUCAACCACAUCCUCUUCAACGCCACCAAGGAGUUCGGCCUGCCCGUCACCGAGCCUGGAGCUACGGACGAGAAGGGCAUACUAGGCGUUUGGGAUGGGAAGAACUUCGUCUACACCCAGGACUCGGAGUCCUGGGGUUGGUGGAAUCUUGCCAAGUUGGUCUGGAAGUACGGCACCACGCCCUACUACACCAAUCGUCUCGUCCAGAGAACAAUUGCGACUUUCCUGAAACUCUACGAGGCGCCCUACUUCCCGUUCAGGUCCCUCUCAACUCGGGCUUUCGAGCUGGGCCUCGUGCAGGCUACGAGUGUGACGGGGCUGCAAUUUCUGGCGGAGAACGAACUCGACGGGCCGUUUGCCCAUGACAUCGUGCAAACUAGCACCCGUGUCAACUACGCUUCAAAUUUGCCGUACAUACAUGGACUGGGCACUAUGGUCGCGAUGGCCCCCGAGGGUGCGAUGGCUGUUGCAGGGGGUAACUGGCAGAUCUUCUCGCAUAUGGUGACCCAUUCCCAGGCCUACGUCUCGCUAAACUCAACCGUUACCUCUAUUACGAAAGAGGAGAGCGGCAACCCGGACUCGGCGUCGCCCAGAUACCAGAUUAAAACCGCAGCGCCCGAAGUGGGAGAGACGACCCACCCCAUCACCUUCGACGACGUUAUCCUCGCCGCACCGUACCAAUUCAGCGGCAUCCAGCACGCCGAUGACCUGAUCCCGCACCCUGUCGACACGAUCCCCUACGUGAAGCUACACGUCACGCUCUUCUCGUCGCCCUACCGCUUCAGCCCGGCCUUCUUCGGCCUCGAGCCCGCCUCCCGUGUGCCUAGCUCCGUGCUCACCACGCUGGGUCCCGACGAGGAGGCCCCCGAGCCCGGCAGCAGUGGCAACGGCAGCGCCGGCAGCGCCGGGUUUUUCUCCGCGACGCUGGUUAAGACGGUCACAAACCCUAGGACCCAGAGCAAGGAGUACGUCUACAAGAUUUUCUCGCCCGAGAAGGUCACCCCCGGGUUCCUGUCGAAGCUGCUCGGCGUCCAGAUCCCGGAGACGUUCGUCACCGAGACCGAGAAGGGGGGAGAUGAGGAGAAAGAAGAGGCAGCUGAGGGCGAAAGCGCGACGACUCUCGUCGAACCCAUCUCGUGGUACUACCCAGCUGUAUUCCAUCCGUAUCCGCAGAAGUACCCGCGCGUCACGUUUCAGGAUCCGAUCCUGGGCGACGGGCUGUGGUACACGUCGGGCGUGGAGAGCUUCAUCUCGACGAUGGAGACGAGCGCCCUGAUGGGCAUGAACGUCGCGCGGCUGAUCGUCGACGAUUAUCUUAGCGUAUCGCGCGCUGCCGCCGGCGAUAUCGAGAAGUCGGACGACGUUGUCGCAGAGGUGACGCCACCCGUACUGGCGGAGGAGAAGGCUCAGGACGUCCUGGCAGGACAGCAGAGCGAGGUGGCGGAGGACGCCGGCGAGCUUUAGCUUUAGGGAUAUGUGCGUACGAUGGGUGGCUUUGUAUUAAUGAUGGUAAAUUUAGUUAGAUACAUGUUAGACUGGCAAAACACUUUUUUAAUUCUCUUCAACCUUUUCGCCUCCACCGCCUUCUCGUAGUAUUUAGCUCAGACUUCCCCGACCAGUUUACUU